AUGGUAACCACCCAGCACUCAGGCUUCUCGCUGGAACUACCGCGGAGAGCCCCCAAGCUGUCCCGCUCCGAUGCGUCAAUCAUCUUGGUUGGGUGCCGAGGUGCUGGCAAGCGCACCCUCGGCUUCAUCGCGGCCAAGCACCUUGGCCGAAGACUCUUGACGGAGGAGCAGUUUUUUGAGCAGAUCACGGGCUACAGCCGGGCCAGCUUCCUGCAGCAGAGAGGGCGGGAGGCGUUUGAGCGUCAGAUGGCCGUGGUCUUGGCAGGGGUCAUAUCGACAAACCGCACAAACUGCGUCAUAGAGUGCGGCACCGCGCUCCUGUCGCCAGAAACGGAAGAUGUCAUCCGCCGCCUGGCUGACACGAAUCCAGUCAUUUACAUCCAGCGCGACAAGCUGGAACUGCAGAAGCUUCUUGGCUUGCCGCCGUCGGAGCUGGAGCGGUUCCUACUAAACGACCAGAGGCAUCGCAACAUCAGCAAUCUGGAGUACUUCAACGUGUCGGAUCUGGGAGGCGAGGAUCACAACGCUUCGCUGCCCGCAGUGCGCUCGAGUUUGAUGAGCGCGGCCAGACUUGUGAAAGCAAGAAAGGACUUUACAGCCUUCCUUGAUCUGAUUCUCGGCCAGGGACUCGCCCGAUCAUGGACCGAGAAUCCCUUCUCAAUCGACGCGGUGCCGUUGGAAUACCGAGCGCACUCGUUUGUGCUGCACCUUCGGCUAUCCUCUCUUCUCAGCUUCAAGCAUGACCUGUCUGUCCUGGAAGCAAGCGCAGAAGCAGUGGAGUUCAUUGUUGACACGUGGCCCGACAACAUGCUAGACAUCAUCACGGAGCAGGUGGCAUUGAUAAGAAGGAAACUCGACCUGCCCAUUAUUUUCAAUGUGGAAGAGUAUCCUCGUGAGGAACGGCGGCGAUCACAAGAGGAAUGUGAUGUGGUUGACCUCCAGCUUCUUCUCCAUGGUCUUCGCCUCGGUGUCGAAUAUGUCAGCCUGGACCUCAAGAGGAAUGAGAACAUCAUAUAUCAAGUCUUGACUCGGCGGAACCGGACGCGGAUCAUCGGACAUUACACCUUUCGCGGAUUUGGCCUGAAACUCUGGGACGACCCGUCAUAUUUGGAUUGUUAUUUGAAGGCACAAGAGCUGGGAUGCCACAUUGUCCGCAUCUUGAGGUUUUGCAUGGGGGAUAGACCCGACGAGAGCCGCGAGGCUUUCAUCAGGAGCGUACGCAGUCUGCCAGAUCCAAAGCCACCGCUCGUGGCCUAUGACUUCUCCGUGUUUGGAUCCUCGAUACCGAAACUAAGCGCCAACCUCAACCCUGUCACUCACGAGCUGCUCGUCAACUCUCCCUCGGAAUGGGUGACGGGCGUCAACACAGGCCGCGGCGCUCUCAGAGUGGCGUUCCGCAACGGGACGCUCAAGGCGCUGCAUUUCUACACCCUCGGCUCAAAAGUACACUACUCUGUCACGCCUUCCAUGCAAAGGGCCGCGUUCGAGCACUACAUGAUGGCACACACCUUUGACGCUAAGCAGUGCAGGACGGUCGACGAGGUGAAUCGUGUCUUCGCCGAGGACGACUUUGGCGGCGCGUCCGUGGCCCCGCCCUUCAAGCUCGACAUCAUGCCACACAUCGCGCACCUGAGCUCGCACGCGACGGCCAUCGGCGCGGUGAACCUAGUCCUCCCGCUGCGCGGGGAGACAUCCUCGAUCCUGGACCACGCCAAUGCGCGCAACACGGGCGGCGUCACCCGGAGCCUGUACGGCGACAACACAGACUGGAGCUCCAUCGUCAACUGUCUGCGCCGCGCCAUCAGCCCGCGCAACUCGAUCCAGCGGACGCGCACGACCGCGCUGGUCAUCGGCGCCGGCGGCAUGGCCCGCGCCGCGAUCUACGCCCUCACAAAGCUCGGCUGCCGCAACAUAUUCAUCUACAACCGCACGCGGGCGCGCGCCGACGCCGUGGCGACGCACUUCAACCACUUUGCCGCGCAGCACAACCUGUACCUGAGCGGCAACGGCCUCGGCCAGUCGCAGCACGUGCCUAUCUGCCACGUCCUCGACUCGGUCAACCAGCCGUGGCCGGAGGGAUACCAGCAGCCGACCAUGAUCCUGUCGUGUAUCCCCGCGGACGGGGCCGACGAGGCGCCGACGGUCGACUUCCGCAUGCCGCCGCAGUGGCUGCGUAGCUCGACCGGCGGUGUUGUUGUCGAGCUGGCCUACGAGCCUCUAAUCACCCCGCUGGUCAAGAUGAUCCGCCGCAUGCGCGACGAGGCAGCUACCACCGCCACAAGCACCAGCACCAGCAACAGCAACAGCGGCACACCCUUAGCACACACCCCUAACACACACACGAGCAACGGCAACAACACCAACAACAACAACAACUCGCUGUGGGUGAUAGUCGACGGCCUCGAGGUGGUCGGGGAGAUGGCGGUCGAGGCGUUUGAGCUCAUGACGGGCCGCAAGGCCCCGAGGAACCUCAUGACGCGCGUGUGUAAUGAGACUUGGGAGAGGCAGAGCUUGCCGUUCCAGCCGCAGCGGUAG